GCCGGGAGGACGGGAGGGGAGCUGGGGGAGGGGCUGUCGGGCAGCGGCUCAGGAGGAGCUCAGGGCUCCUCGCGAAAGUGCGGCCAGAGCCCGGAAGCGUCUGCAGGCCCUGGUGCCGGGAGGAGACGUGGAGGCCUUUCGGGGAACCACGACGACUUCAACGGUGACGCAUUUGUGCAAAAUGAUACAGAUGUAUCUAUUUAAAUUCCGUCUGGAAGGCAGGAGCCAUCCUAUCCUAUCCGCCUGCAAGUGCUCCACGCAACUAGAAAUCAGGAACAGCAGCCAAGAGGGUUAUAAAAAUAAUUAAUAACAAUAAUUAGAAAGCCGCGCGGAGGCUGGGAAGGUGGUAGGUCUCCUGGCUCAUUGCUUCAGCAUCACCGCCCCACGCCUUUCUUUCUCAGCACGAGCUUGAGUCAUUUUCUAUGAAAUCGGUGACUAAGAGAGAUGCAGCAUAUUGCACCCCCAAGCUAGCCACAAAGAGGCGAGCCCUCGUCAGGAGACCGCAAAUGUUGUUUGUGCUCCCCCUGCAGGCGACAUUGUCCGAGGCUUCCUUUCUUUCCCAAAGGUCUCUCCAAAAGUAUUCGUUUGUGAUCCUUGAGAUACGAUGAUGUGUCCUCAUGCUCUGAGAUUUGGCCAGGGAUCCAGGGCCAACCCUGCGCCUCUGUCUGGCAAGUCCGGAAACACUUGUCUGGCCAGGACCAUUCUGUGGCCCACGGCUGCUUAACACUCACGGCACUGGAGCGAAGGCGCAGACUGCGCUGACCCUACACCACACGCCAUCCCCAGCUUGCUGACAGGGAAGUCGCUUCCAUUCACGGAUUCACAGUGGUAGAAAUUGCUGUGCUGAGAGGCGCGUGGGGUCAUUUAGGCCCUCGCCCUCGGGUUUGGGGCGAGAAAAACUGGUACCUGGGAAGUAGUUACAAAAAGUCUUCCUUUUAAUUCCUGGCAGUCAAGGAUUUCAGGAGCACUUGAGGAAAAUGCUCACUGAGAAGUGCUCAUUUCAUUUUCAUGACACCCCCCCCCCCCGGACCAAUUCUCAAAUCCUAAACCCGAUUCCAAAUCUACCAGGAAGAUUUCGAGUAUCAUGUAAAGUUUCUGGUGAAAGUAUGGGGAACAUCUCUCUAUACCCUGCCCACCGUGUUUGAGUAGAGAGGUUCUUGCACUGACUGCGUUGAUAAAUCUGAAAGUUACUUCGUAAGUUCUCAAAGGCUAAGAAAGGCAAUCAAUUGCCUUGAAGUCUGAUCUUGCCACUUUUUAGUGGCGGGGUGGAAGGGAAGGUUUGCUGCCUGAAAGACGGUUAGCUCAGGCCACCUUUGCAGAGGCUAGUAUUCUGAAAGGAGGAUCCAUGGACGAGGUGAAAGAGCCACGGGAACCAGCUCUGCGGAAAACUGAAUUUGGUCCAAGCACCAUAAGUUAGCCUUUCUCCGUGCCUCGGUUUUCUGCUCUAAAAAUGUGAGCUCAUCGCACAGGGACCCCAGGUUCUGGAUGGCUGUGGGACGCUCUGGGAAUCUCAGAGCACACUCCAAGUUGGGAACUGAUGUGCCAUGAAUCAUGCAGUGGUGAUUUCAUUGGCGACAGUGACCUCAUUCCCUUGGCCCACAGUAACGCCAAACAGACUGCCAAGAAUAUUGGAGCUCUGGGGACCGUCACACCUGGGAGGAAGUAGAACUUUAGCAGCCCCCUGGACACUGUCAAAAUUGGAGACACUAAGGGUCCACAGAUUCUCCCUCUACCCACUUCCUGAGAGCAGCCAUGGCCCUGACCGACCUCGAUGUGCAGAAACAGAUCAAACACAUGAUGGCUUUUAUCGAGCAAGAAGCCAAUGAGAAGGCAGAGGAGAUCGACGCCAAGGCAGAGGAAGAGUUCAACAUCGAGAAAGGCCGCCUGGUGCAGACCCAGCGGCUGAAGAUCAUGGAUUACUACGAGAAGAAGGAGAAGCAGAUCGAGCAGCAGAAAAAAAUCCAGCUGUCCACCAUGAGAAAUCAGGCACGGCUCACGGUCCUGAGAGCCCGAGACAAUCUCAUCUUGGAACUGCUCAAGGAAGCGAAGGUAAGGCUCAGUAAAAUUGUGUUGGAUCUAGAUAUUUAUCAGGAGCUGCUGGAUAAACUCGUGCUCCAAGCCUUGAUCCGGCUGCUGGAGCCUGUGAUGAUCGUCCGAUGCAGGCAACAGGACCUCCACCUGGUGGAGGCUGCGGUGCAAAGAGCCAUCCCUCACUACAUGAUCCUCUGCCAGAAGCAUUCAGAAGUCCAGGUUGACCGAGAGGCAUACUUGUCUUCGAAUGCCGCUGGAGGGGUGGAGGUCUAUAGUAACGAUCAGAGAAUAAAGGUUUCCAAUACCCUGGAAAGUCGACUGAAUCUCGCAGCCCUGGAAAAGAUGCCAGAGAUACGAAAGACUUUGUUUGGGGUCAAUGCCAACAGAAAGUUCUUUACAUAGGCGCUGGAAAGGGAAGCUUGUGUUGAACUGCAAAGUCUUUAAAAAAAAAGUCUUGAGUCAUUGGGACAAAGGGAACGGGGCGGGGGAGGGGGGAACGAGUCUUACUCUUUGGAAGCUCUGGUGUUGGUUCCUAGCUUUGAGUAGCUACAAGAAUUACACAUGGAUAACUUUGGAAUAAAGCCCAAAUGAUGCCCAGA